AUGACCAUGUUUUCUAUUACGUUUGCAAUCAUCAAACUUGUUUUCUUUUUAUUCUCUUACUCUCACAUUUCUAAUGCUAUCGAUACCAUCACCCAGCUUCAUCCACUUGCAGAUGAUGGCUCAACCUUGGUUUCAAUGGAUGGAACCUUCGAGUUGGGUUUCUUCAGCCUAGGUCUUUCACCAAACCGCUAUGUCGGAAUAUGGUACAAAAACAUCCCAGUUAGAACCGUGGUUUGGGUUGCCAACCGUGACACCCCAAUCCAAUCCAACUCUAGCAAGUUGAGCAUAAACAAAGAUGGCAACCUUGUCCUUCUAAGCCACAACAACACCAUUGUUUGGUCAACAAAAACGUCAACAAAGACCCUGAGUCCCAUUGUGCAACUCUUAGGCACUGGCAACUUGGUACUAAGAGAUGAGAGUGACAGCAAUCCUAUGAACUACUUGUGGCAAAGCUUUGAUCACCCUUCAGACACAUUGUUGCCAGGAAUGAAGCUUGGAUGGAACCUAAAGAGUGGUUUUAGUACACGUGUGUCCGCAUGGAAGAAUUGGGAUGACCCUUCAACCGGGGAUUUCACUUGGCGUGUGGAACUUGAAGGGUACCCUCAAAUGAUGAUGUGGAAAGGCACAGCAGAAUACUACCGUGGUGGACCCUGGAAUGGCCUUGGAUUCAGUAGUGCCCCUGAACUUGAAAUGGAUCCACCUUAUGUGGUUAACUUUGUGUCGAACAAUGAUGAGGUGUACUACACAUACAACCUCAAGAACAAGUCGUCAAUAUCAAGGGUUGUUAUGAACCAAACGGUUUAUGCUCGGCAACGCUACAUUUGGAUUGAGGAGGCACAAAGUUGGAGGCUUUACACUUCUGUGCCUAGAGAACAGUGUGACUAUUACAAGCAUUGUGGCUCCUAUGGGAAGUGUGACAUGGAUGAGUUCCCUACGUGCAAGUGCUUGCUCGGAUUCAGGCCAAAGUCACCCCAGGAAUGGGACACAAUGGAUUGGAGUAAGGGGUGUGUGCAAAGCCAAUCUUGGAAAUGCAGGGAGAAGAAUAAAGAUGGGUUUCUCAAGUUUAGUAGCUUGAAGUUGCCUGACACUAAGAGAACUUGGGUUAAUGCAAGUAUGAGGCUUGAGGAAUGCAAGGCUAAGUGCUGGGGAAAUUGUGCAUGUAAGGCUUAUGCAAACUUAGACAUCCGAGGUGGAGGAAGUGGAUGUGUCAUUUGGUUUGGUGAUCUGCUUGAUUUGAAAUAUGUUCCAGAUGUUGGGCAGGAUUUGUAUGUUAGAUUGGCUAUCACUGAAAUAGCAAAUCAUGACCAAAAAGAUGAAUUCAGAGAAAGGAAGGCUGUCAUCACAAGUACCAUUCCAUUGAUCAUAAUGAUAAUUUUUUUAACUAUAAGUUACUUUCACUGGAGGAGCAGAAGAAAAAUUAGAGAGUGCACCUCGACUAAAGAAAAGAAUGAUGAUGGCCAAGAAGAUUUGGAACUACCUUCCUUUGGCUUUGCUUUAAUAGCUCGUGCCACUGAUAACUUCUCAAAUGAUAAGAAACUUGGUGAAGGAGGUUUUGGACCUGUAUACAGAGGCAUGUUACCAAAUGGACAAGAGAUAGCUGUCAAGAGGCUCUCACAAAGAUCUUGUCAAGGAUUAAAAGAAUUGAAGAAUGAAGUUAUAUUCUGUGGCAAACUUCAACACCGAAAUGUUGUUAAGGUCCUUGGUUGUUGCAUUCAUGGAGAGGAAAGAUUGCUCAUAUAUGAAUUUAUGCCCAAGAGAAGUUUGGAUUCUUUUCUCUUUGAUUCUAGCAAGGGUAAAUUUCUAAAUUGGUCUAGACGCUUUCAAAUCAUAAGUGGAAUUGCUCGAGGAAUUCUCUAUCUUCAUCAAGAUUCAAGAUUGAGAAUUAUACAUAGAGAUCUUAAAUCAAGUAAUAUUUUAUUAGAUAAUGAGUUAAACCCAAAGAUAUCAGAUUUUGGCCUAGCUCAAAUAUGUGGUGAUGGUGAAAUUGAAGGGAACACGAGUAGAAUAGUUGGAACUCAUGGUUAUAUGGCUCCUGAAUAUGCCAUCCAUGGACUAUUCUCGACCAAAUCUGAUGUAUUUAGCUUUGGUAUCUUAUUAUUGGAGAUAGUAAGUGGAAAGAAAAAUCAAGGAAUUCUCUACCCAUAUCGCGAUUUUAGUCUUAUAGGACAUGCAUGGAGAUUGUGGAGGGAGGGCAUACCAAUGGAAUUUAUAGAUGAUUGCUUAAAGGAAUCAUGCACUGAAUCAGAAGCCAUACGUUGUAUUCACAUUGGUCUUUUAUGUGUCCAACAUUAUCCCUAUGAUAGACCUGACAUAACAUCUGUGGUUAUGAUGUUGAGUAAUAAUGAGAAUGCCCUGCCUUGUCCAAAGGAGCCUGGAUUUUUAUUAGAGAAGUUCUCAACUGAAAGAGUUUCUUCUUUUGGUCCACAAUCUUCUUCAAUCAACGAGACAAGUAUCUCGAUGCUUGAGCCUAGAUGAGGAAAUUAUGUUACUUCUUACCCAAAAAGGACCUUUUUAAUUGAUACAUACAUGUCUUGUACGUCAAGUUGAUGUGAAAUAUAAAUAAUUAGUUUACUUUAUGUAAAUCUUUACCAUGUUUCAAAUUGCCGGAAGCAAUGCAGCCACAAAAUUAUGAUUUUCGAAGUUCUGUUUUCCGAAGAUUACUGUUUUCUGAGUUUCACCCUAUUUUUUCUGUUAUAAAAUCUCAGAACACUCUUUCAGUGUUCUUUGAAAAGAUUUCUUGUUGAGAUGGACUUGCAACAAGUUUAACUCACUCCUGACUCCUCUGGUGUAAAUAUAUCAUGUUCCAACAGUUUUUAGCUUGUACCUUCAGGUAUAGUUUGCUAUAUAUCUGCACAUGUAUAAAUCCCUCUCCCUUACCCUACUUACUGUUUGGCACCUGGGACUAGACAGCCACACAUGGAUGCACUCAAAUCUAUAUUUUC